AUGCCUCCGAAACGUAAGAGAACUGAUCGGCCCUCGAGUGGCGAAGUUGGUCGACCUUCGCCGCAUCGACCGACAGAAAUGGCCAUGGGACACCACGAACGAGAUGAUGGUGGUAGCAGAGGCCGUGUUCGCAAUCGCGGGGCCUCUGGCCGUCGUGACUCGUAUGGCCAUGGUCGAAACGGAUCACACGGACAGUCCAAUUCUCAAUCCUCGCCUACUCGCCAACGACCAAGUUCUGCCACGCAGCAGCCGUCAUCACAACACUCCAGACAAGCUUCAUCCAACGUGCCGUCAUCGCCUGUCAAACCAACACCCCCCGAGCCAUCAACGGCCGUUGCGCGUUCAUCCCUACGAGAAAUCGAAACUUCGAGGCCACUCAAGCCCUACAAGUAUCACUUUGACGUAAUAACGGAUGAACAAGCCGCAAAGUGGGCCGCCGCUGGAAGAGAACACAUCGUCUCUCGUGGCGUCCAGGCGCGUGAGGAUAUUGAUGUCGUGGAGCUGUCAUGCAUACUCCGGGAGUUGACUCAUGCCGUCUUAGCUGCUAAGUUGUCCCCUGCAGAAGCUGGCGCCUGCGUCAAGGAAAUCAUCGGCGAUGAGAAUACGGAAGUGAUUAAGGAUUCAUUUACCUUUGCCCCUCAUACGCUGUUUCUCGAUUCACUUGCCAUUGCCAUGGACAAUGACUCCGACCUUUUUCAGCCAGCUCUGCGACAGUUUCUCCAGGCUACAGGAGUUUCUACUACGCUCAUGCGCCAAGUUCUCGACGCCCCAAUUCUACAACCGCUCGGUCUCAUCCGUGAUACCUUCACCAGACUUGGUGUCCGUCAGGCCACCAAUUUACUCUACCGCCAAGCCAACUACAACCUUCUUCGCGAGGAAUCAGAAGGCUACUCAAAGCUCAUCACUGAGCUAUUCACCACCAGUAGUGUACCGCCACCGCCUCCGGAGCUUGCUCAACACACAUUCGAAAGGGUCAAGGCCUUGAUCGGUACAUUUGACUUGGAUGUCGGUAGGGUUCUGGACGUUACCCUCGACGUGGCAGCCGCUGUCUUGAUCAAGCAGUAUAAGUUCUUCGUCAAGUUCCUAAGAAUCAGCUCCUGGUGGCCACGCUCUCAGAUCAAACUCGAUUCCCCCUCUUAUUCGGCUGGACUUCCUACCUGGGCAAACCCCGGCUACUCAGAUUGGACCACAAGCCCCGAAGACGAGUUAGCCAAUACCGAGGCUAAGCAAUUCCGAGAUAUCGAGUUCUGGGACCGUGCAAGGGAGGUUCAUCUGGCCGCUUUCUUUGAACUAGGAGGCCGCCGGGUGCCAGAGAAAGCCAUUGAAACUGCCCUUGUCAAAAACGGUCAGAAUACCAACGACGGCUCGCUGGAUCUGGAGCAGCAAUGGAUCAAGGAAACCAACACCUUGCCUCCCCCAGGCAACCGCGUUGCUGCUCAACUCCUUGGAUUUAAGCUUCGCUUUUACAAUUCUGAACUUCGCGCAGAAGCCGAUGUCCUACCUGCCAACCUGUUAUAUCUCGCUGCUCUCUUGGUGAAAGUUGGCUUCAUCUCUCUCGCAGACCUCUACCCACACCUUUCCCCUGCUGAUAGCGAGAUGGAGCAAGUAAGAGAAAAGGAGAUGAAGAAAAUCGAGGAGGAAGAGCGUGCUUCCAGGGGAGGUGGAAUGAAUGCUCUACUCAUGGCCGGUGUAUUACCUCAGGGCGACGAUGACAACCCGAACGCAGUACGCAGGGAGCCCCCCAGGCGGAUCGAAACUGAGACAAAGCAGACUGCCGAACAGGGCCAGGAGCCCAAACUGCAGUUGCCAGAGCCACUGGAGCAAAAGGUAUCCUUCUUGACACAGCUUUUGACCAUCGGCGCUAUUCCUGAGUCAUUAUUCAUCCUGGGACGCUUCCCUUGGAUACCAGAAACCUUCCCCGAGGUUCUGAGUAGAAUUCAUCGCAUCCUCAAUGUUUCAGUCGAAAAGGUGUACAACGAUAGCAAAGCUUCAUCGGCCGUUGACAUCAAAUGCCCCACCAAAUUCGUCCCGGACAUGGACCAAACUGGUAUCCCGAAAGGCAACGUUAAGCUGACUCGACUUCCCGUCAAGAAGUUCUGGCGUUGGCCUUUCCCCGACAAGUUUGAUACAAAUGAAAAUCAGACGUAUCGCUUCUACUGGGACGAAUGGUCCGAUCACAUUCCCGUCUGCCAGACGGUUGAUGACGUGUUCACUCUUUGCAGCACAUUCCUCAACAUCUCUGGUGUCUGUAUCGGCAAGGAUGAAGCACUUCUUUCCAAACUUGCCAGCAUCGGCAGCAUGAGCUUAGCCCAAGACAGCUCGGAUGAAAAUUUGAAGAAGUGGCAUGAUCUGUUGAAGAGAUUACUUCUCCCAGCUCUCAGUCACACCAAAGCCAACGCCGCGGUCGUGAAUGCGAUCUGGGAUCUCUUGAAGCUCUAUCCCAUUACCACUCGCUAUGCUCUCUACGCUGAGUGGUUCGAGGGGCAGACCUCCCGGCUUCCCGCUAUGCGCACUGCCUUUGCCAGAGCCACAGCAGAGACAAGAGGCACAAUGAAGCGUGUCUCAUUGACGAACUUGAGCGAAAUGGCAAAGCAGCUUGCGAAGACUAGCUACUCGUCGCCUGGUAUUGUCUUCAGAGUUGCAUUUGAGCAGUUGGAAUCAUACCCGAACCUCAUCGAGGCGUUCGUGGAAUGUGCCAAGUACUUCACAGACUUGUCAUAUGAUGUCCUAGUCUGGUCGCUCAUGAACUCUCUUGGCAAGUCCAGAAGCCGAACGCAAGCCGAUCACGCCCUCACCACUAGCAAAUGGCUUCAAGCCCUGUCCAGAUUUACUGGCAAGGUGUUUCGCCGCUAUUCUCUCCUCAACGCCACCCCGGUCCUUCUUUACGUCAACGACCAACUAUUUCAUGGAAAUUCGACAGAUCUUAUCAUUCUCAAGGAGCUUAUCUCCUCUAUGGGUGGCAUCGUUGACUUGAUUGAUUUUACUGACUACCAAAUCCUUUCCAUGGCGGGGUUCCCAUCCCUACGCAAACACACUCUCAUUCGCGGAGGGGACAAGCGCUAUGACAAUAUCAAGAGCUCGAAGCGCCUCAUCGAAGCCCUCACCGACUCUGGGCUUGCGGCACGUCUGCUCGUCAAUCUGGCACAGUACCGGCAGGCGACGAUUUUCCAGAUUCCCGAGGAUGAAGCCCACUUGAAGUUUCUCUCCUCCAUUAUCGACGAUUCGCACCAAACACUUAUUCAAUAUCUCGAUUUUCUGUGGAGCAACCUCCAGCAACCUGAAUUUGACGCUAUCGUGCCUUCAAUACCCGAGUUAAUGCUGUCCUAUGGCCUCGAUGUCAGCUUGGCUUUCCUUAUUGGCCGCGCUAGCUUGUCUCAGCGUGUCUUCGAUUGGAAUACUGAGGAAUUUGAUGCAGCCAAGGGGACCCCGACCAAGCCUGACAAGGAUGGCGACUUGGCAAUGGAGAGGAACGGAGUAGAUGAACCUACGAAAGAUGUAGCUGAACCGAUUGACCAGAACCAAGCUCAAGUUGCGCGCAUUAGUGCUUCGCUGCAGCCACUCACAGAUGCUGUCAAGGCCAGCGCACGUACCGAAGUCUGGGAGAAGAUUACUCCAGAACUCGCUACGACAUUCUGGGCUCUACAGCUCGGAGACAUUUACUGCCCGGUCGAUAUCUACAAGUCAGAGGCUGACCGCCUCAAAGCGGAAGAGUCUGCACUUCUUCGCGACCGCAGUGACAUGUCGCGCCGAAGCCAGGAGAUACGCACCGAGAAGCGGAAGGAGCUUACUCAACUACAAAUCAACCUUUUAGAAGAUCGCAAGAAGCAUGUCAAGACACAAAAAAACUGGACCGAAUACCUCACCAACCUAUUCCAGUCGUCGUUUGUGCCGACGGCCAAGACUGAUGCUAUAUCUGACGUGCUCCUCGAGCAGUGCAUUCUGCCUCGCGUACUUCUUUCGCCUACUGAUGCUGAGUACACCUUCCGUUUUAUGAAAUUGCUACACGACAACAACGCUCCGGGUGUCAAGCUCAUGUCACUAUACAGCCGGCUAUUCAACGCCAACCGUCUGAGGACCCUCAUUUUUACAUGCAGCGUUCGCGAGGCAGAGUACUUGGGACGUUUUCUCAAGCUCAUUUUACAAGACCUUGCCAAGUGGCACAAGAAUGCUCCCCUACCUGGUCCGAAGAACAGAGAUCAGACAACACAAGGGGCAUACGAGACGGAAGGCAUUGGACCUCGUGACAACGGUCGCCGCGGGUUCGUUCUCACGGUGGACGACGAUGACAAGCCUUUAACUUUCGUGGAGCAUGCGCAAUUUAGAGAUCUACUGUUUGGCUGGCACAAGAAUUUGAAUAGUGCUUUGAAAUCUUGUCUGGGCGGUAGCGAAUGGAUGCAUAUCCGAAACGCCCUGACCGUGCUCAAGUCCGUGGUUGACUUUUUCCCGGCAAUCGACUUUAUGGCAUCUCAAUUUUCGACACAACUACAGAAAAUCACGCAGCAGGAAGCGGCACAGAAGACCUCGCCCGAAGACGAGCUUGGAGGACGUGUGGAUUUGUCUGUUGCUGCCCAAGGUGCUCUAUCAGAGCUGCAACGGAGAAAGUCGAAGUGGGUUUUGGUGCAGGUAUUCCGUGCUAAUGCGGAUGUUGGCACAAAGCCUACAGAGAAGCCCGCUGCUUCUUUGCGUGCUACCGCGCCAAACUUCAAGCCCGGCGUUGCCAAGACGAAUGCAUCCAGGCCUGGCGAGCAGGAAGAUGGCGAGGUUUCAGAUAUGAAGCAGAGGCAGGCAGGCGCUACACCAGUUGGCCCCGGCAGAGACAACUUGCCCGCUAGGCCAACAAGGGGUAGCCGUGAAGCGGGUAAGGAAGAAUCAUCGGCAUCAGGCCAGUCUCGAUCGUCGACACCAAAGAUAGGAGCGAAGGUCGAUAGAGGAAACACUCUUCCUGACAGGCCUAACCUCCCUAUCCGUCCGGAUGUGCCCAUCCCCGGGUACUACACGCCAGAACGAUUUAAUCAGUCGCGUGGCCACGAGAGACGUGAUGGGAGAGAGGGGAGAGACGGUCGCAACCAGCGCGAGCCACGUGAAGGACGAGAAGGCCGCGACUCACAUGAUGGCCGACCGAGCCGUAACGACCGAGAACGACAGCGAGAUAGCGCAAACGGUGAUGCUAGCAAGACGAGAGAGCAGGAACGUCAACCACGUAACCCUAGAAGUGCACGCGAGAAUGACGAGCUGGCAGCUCAAUCGCCAGUGCCUCAAGCUGGGCAGGCAGAACCGAUGAUGAACCCUCAGCGUGCAGCGCUCUUUGCUCAGGAUGAGACUGUCAUAAUGCCGCGCAACAGACAGGAUCUAGAGCGGCCCAAACCUCAACGACCUGAGCAGGCUAGCAGCGUUGAGAAUAUCAACCCGGAGCGAGCCGCUCUCCUCGAGCAGCGCGAUGACAAGUCUUCGGGGCGGUCCAGUAGGAAUGACGGACGCGAUCGCGAUCGCGACCGGACUCCACGAACGCAUUCGCCUCGACGCUCCAGUCGCCAUGGCGAACAACCCCCCAGCGGAAUCCCUCCUAACCUGGAAGAGAGGCACAGCCGUGCUCAUGGCGCUGAUCAUCGAUCGCAAGGGCGCAACCGAGACCGUUCGCCAACCUCUUCUAGCUCUUUCCGCAGCGACAAGGGGCCGGACCGUUCAGAAGCAUUUUAUGGAGGUCGAGGCCCUGAUUCGGAGAAGCGCCAUGGAGGCUACCAAGAUCCCAACUACGGCAGACUCAACCCCGUUCCCACCGGACCAGAAACUCCGUUAGGUCCUCGUCCGCGCGGACGCGGUGCCGCUAGAGGCGGUCAACCAACUCCUUCCGGACCAACGCCUCAGCAGGAUAAUCGCGCUCCUCCUUCAGACCAAAUGCAGACACCUACCACAGAGCGACAGCCACCGUCAGGCCCAGCAUCUGGACGGGGCCGCCGUACUUAUGAGCCGAACACACCAGGAUCAGCACCGCCGUCGCACGCAGGCCAAUCAAGAAACCCGGCAGGGUCCAACGGCGAGAAUGCUGGUACACCAAGCGGCGUCCAUCCAGAUCGCCUAGCAAAGAUUGAUGGGAAAUCAGCGCAAGUGCCGCCCCCUCCACCACCUCCUCCUGGCCCUCCGCCGGGCCAGAAUCGCACUGUUGAAGGAAGCAUUCCAACCGGACCUUCAGCAUCAACCGAUAGACAUCGUGGUGGCCGUCGCCAACUAGCGGGAAUCAACAGCGCUCUCCAACAAGGAUCGGUGGACAACGGCAGGGGAGUCAUCCAUGGCAGACACAACCAAUCUCGCCAAAUGUUGGGAGGCAAUUCGGACGCGCAGGUGCUUGCGGGCGGUUCACAGCCUUCAACGCCCGCGCAAGAAAACACUCGGUGGAUAGACGCUCCAAAGGGCCCUUCAAAUGGCGACGGCGCUGGACGAGAGCAGAGCCGAGGCUACCGCGACAACACCCGUGACCGGCCGGGACGAUCGGGACGGCCGCGCAGUCACGAGCGUGAUGGCAAGAGCGGUGGCCACGGCGAGUUCCGCGACAGACGAUCCAUGGGCGGUGACCCUAGUGGCGGUGCUGGUGCUGGCGAGCAACAAGGACCUCGCGGGCCAGGCGCUGGACCGGACUGGCCUGGCAACGCCAACAAUACCAACAAUCACGGCCGGGUCAGCGGUGGGCGCGGAGGCGGCGGACAGAGGCCUGAUGAUCGCCACCGCGAUGACCGCGGACGCAAGAGACGCAGCGAGGAGGGAUUUGGCAACCUGUCCAACGAUAGGGGCGAGAAGCGAGUGAGGAGAUGA